AUUCAUGUUUGUGAUUCGGAAGCUUUGCUAAUCUUUGAAAGGACAACUAGUCAUAUUUUUUCUUGGAGACAGUCUGUUAGUUUAUGCAAUCUUAUUUCCUUGCAGUUGCAUCAGCAGAUGCAAGAAGCUAAUUUUUACAUGGAAGGAUCAGUUAUGUCAUUAGAGCAAAUUCAAGAGGCUGUUCAAAGGAGGGUGUCUCUUUUAUUUAAACCAAGAUGGUCUCUUCAUGAUCAACUGCUGACUAGGUUGAACGAUUAAAUGAUUUCUGCCACGGUUCAAUCCCCUGAGUUUAUGUACUUCUCCAAAUGAAUUCACUCUCUCCCUGAAUUUGCUAUCUGCUGGGCUAGAGAAAGGGAUAAAAACGAGAAUGAACAUAAAUGAAUCUA